CACACACACACACACACACACACACACACACACACACGGGGUGGGGAAGGGGGAGAGGGAGAGGGAGAGGGGGUGAUCUCUCUAUGUAGUCCUCACCUGUCCUGGAACUCACUAUGGAGACCAGGCUGGUCUUGAACUCACAGAUAUCUUCCUGCCUCUGUAUCACAAGUGCUGGGAUUAAGUGUGUGUGCCCUAAAGGUAACCUUUAAGAGUGUUAGGUAGCGCUCUUCAUCUGGCUGUUCCGUUCUCUGAGAGAUGAGACGAAUGGGGUUGUAUCAGGGUCCCAGACCUGAGCAGGGUCUAAGACCUUAGCACAACUGGUUCCAUGAUGCAGCACCAUUCAGGCUACAAAACUCAGCACAUAGACAGCACCACCUGCCAAAACUAAAACAAAGACCUAAUCCAUCAAAGUCCAUAGCUCUGGGAAAGUCUCUUAAUGUAUUAAUCUUGGUUUUUUGCAUCUGUAGUUCUGCUUCUGGCUAACUGCUCUUGUUAACUGAAGUAUGUCAACUCAGGACCUCAUUUUUUUUAUUCACCCAGAGAAAGGCAUGGGCUACACUGAGGUCCUGAACCCCAGGCAGUCACCAGCUGGCUAAUAAUGGCUUUUUAUUGGCUUGAACCCAUAUCUGAGCAGUCUUCUCUAGAGAAUAUCCCACGAAGGAUUAGUUCCUAAUUAAGUGGCCUCAUGAGCUGCUAAGAUAAUAGCAGGUAGAGUUGCUGACAACCUGACUGUGACCAUUGGUAGCUACACGAUGGACAGAGAAAACAGACUUGCACAGAUUGUGCUGUCCUCUACUGUCAAGAACCCACUCAGUAGGGGUUGGGGAUUUCGCUCAGCGGUAGAGCGCUUGCCUAGCAAGUGCAAGGCCCUGGGUUCGGUCCCCAGCUCCAAAAAACAAAAACAAAAACAGAAACAAAAAAACAAAAAAAACCCAAAAAACAGUAAAUUAGAACAAAAUGUGUCUCCAGAGAAAGCCUUGACCCUUCUGUAAUAUGAGGACACAGAAAAAGAUUGGAAAAGAUGCUGAAGAGGGCCCUUACCAGAACUUACCUGUGCUGGCAUGUGAUCUUGGGUUCUAAUAUUGUUGUGUGAAAAUAUUCCGACAAAAGCAACUUAAGGGAGAAGGGUUUAUUUCCACUCAAUUCAUCUUGAGAGUCAGGGCAGCAAGAGUUUGAAGCAGCUGAUCAUGUUGCAUUUGUAGUCAUAAUAACAGAGUAUGCUCACUAGUGUUUGGUCAGCUUGACAGAAGUCAGAGUCACUAGAGAGAAGGUAACCUCAAUUGAGAAAGUGGUCAGCUUAGUAGGCUAGCCUGUGGGGUAUCUUCUUGAUUAAUGGUUGAUGUCGUAAGAUGGCACUAUUCUUGGGCAGGUGGUAUAUAAAUAGCCAACUGAACGAGCCAUGUGGCUUCUGCCUCAGUUUCUGCCUUCAGAUCCCUGCCUUGAGUUCCUGCCCUGGCUUCUCUCAAUGAUGGACUAUCACCUGAGAUUUGAGAGAUGAAGUAAACCCUUUCCUCCACAAGUUGCUUUUGAUCAUGGUGUUUUACCACAGCAACAGAACUCUAAGACACAGAACAGUGCACACAUCGUGCCAGCGCACUGCUCCAUCCUCCAUUUUAGACAGUUCAUGAUCCGCCCGGAGACCAGUUCCACCCACAGUUAAGAAGGGUCUUCUCACAUCAGUUAAUGUGGUCGAAAUAACCAUCAACUGGUGAUUCUAAAUGUUGUCAGGAUGACAGUUAACAUUAACCAUCUAAUCUCAGAUAUCUAAAACUGUCACAAAUACAUGUGUAGCAUUUGUACACCUCUUAGUCCAUGAACGUGUAUUGUGGUGGCUGAAGAGACCAAGACUGUGAAAACAGGUUAUGCAUGAUGGGUUCUCAGUGCAUGUUAGUCUCCAUUCUUCCUUUGGAGUCAUAUGGCAACCAGUGGGAUUGCCAGUAGACUACAGACAUUGCCAGUAGAUCACAGAUUCCCUGUUUGUUGCUCUCUCUUUUCUUUUUCCUUUUUUUCCUGAGACAAUAUUUCCAUGUUCUGGAACUCUGUAUAGGGGAAGCUGGUCUGGAGCUCACAGAGCACCACUUGUCUCUGCCUCCCGUGUCUGGCUGUUGCUUCAUCUUUAUGUACUUUUUCCUUAAAAGAUAAUAUGUCACAUAAAAAAACUUAAAUACUAAUUCCUACUACUAUAAUUUUAUAGUAGUCAUAUGGUAACCAGUUUUCACAUCUCAUAUUAUAUAGUCGAAACCAGGGAAUUAUAUUUUUUGUAUAUAAAAUGGAAUUUUACCAAUUUCAACAAGGAUAGAAUUUGCUUUUGUUAAUAAAUAGUGUACUUUAUUACUUAGUCUAAUUUAGUAAUUCAUUCUCCUAAUGUUGGGCAUUUACCUUGGUAACUUACUGCUGUAUGUAAAUAGUACUCCAAUUAAUACUUUAUGUGACAUCUUGUAUUGUCUAAAAUUGUCUCCUAGAAAAAAGUGCUUAAAUAGCACAAAAACCUUGCCUUUAUAAGUCUGGUCUUCACCUUCGUGCAUGUGCAUGAUGGGAUAGGAAGAUGUGGCCUGGCUUUUGUACUACCUGAUCUUGAGUGGGUCACUUCUUUUUGAAUUUCAAUUUCUCAUCUAUAAAAUUAAUAUGUUGGAGCUGGAGAAAUGGCUGAGCUGUUGUAAGAGAAUGUACUGCUCUUUCUGAGGACCCACGUUUAGUUCCAUGAACCCACGUCAAGUAGCUCACAAUCCACUCAAGGGAUUAAUGCCUCCAGGAACCUGCACACGCACAGCUUACAAACUGUGCCAACACACACCUAAAGACAGACCUUCUUCUAAAUCAGUGCAUGGUUUUAGCUGGUUCCUCUUGUCCUUUACCUGAUACCCACAGUUCUGUACUAGGCAUCGAAGGCUGAGCCCAUUUUCCCUGGAUAUAGCCUAUGUUCUCUGGUUCUCUUCCCUCCAGAAGGCUUGUCUGACAUUGCCUACCUCUUCCUCCACCUCACUGGCUCAAUGGAGUGACUGCUUUCUCAGUCAUCUCAAGGAAGAGAGUCUUUUCAACCCAGUCAUGAGACAGAGGGACCUCUGCAGUAUUCAUCUGCUGUAGACAAAGAUCUUGGUAGAAGAAUCUUGCUUAGGUGGGAAGACAUGGAUUUCAUAUACCAAGUAUCUAUCUCAGGCCCUUCUCUGUCUCACAAGCUCCCAGAGACAUAACUGAAUACAGUCAAGAAUUCACAUUUCUUACCUCUACAGCAUUUCUCCUUCGGUUUCCAUUGAGUUCAGCACCUCCUGUUUUUUUCAUCUAUUGUAGGCAGUUGACACACAGGAAUUUAGUGCCAAACUGCACAGAAUAUUUUAUGAUAUCACCCAGCACCAAUUUCUGAACCACUGCUCAUGUGACACAGAGCAGGUAAGUGUAAUGAUAAUAUUAGUGUUUUCCAGGAAUUCCCGCAUUUUGGUGUGAGAACCCUUAAUUCAGGGUGGAUGAGCACAAAAGCUUCAGCUCUAUGGCUGGCCUUUCAGCAGGGAGGCCUGUGCUAGAGAUGCAGCACAGAGCCAAGUGCUGUGUAGACGGAUGGCAAGUCACGGGGUUCCAUCCCUGCCACUGAGUCGUUGCUGAAUCAUUACAGACUAGAUUUAACAGUUCUGAGUUUGGGGUUCUACAUCAGUAAAGUAAUAACAAUGUGUCCGUAAAAUUACUGUUGCAAAGUUUAUGUCUAAUAAAAUCUACCUUUAGUAGUUUGCCUUCAGGGUGCUGGAGGUCCAGAGCUGUCCAUUGAAGUUUCUACUCUCAAGGAGGAGAGAGAACUUUAGCACCUUUGGUGGCGGUGUCCUAAGAGGGAGACCUAGCUAGAACAUGUUGUGUUAUCUUCAGGCCCAGGUGUAGCUGACAGGAAACUGUCCAACUGAAGCCCACCUCUCUGGCUCCCCUCCCUCUCUGCACCCACCUCUCUGGCUUCCCUCCCUCUCUGCACCCACCUCUCUGGCUCAUUCUCCUUUCCUCCCUCCCCUUUUGACUUUUCACAACAGUUUUUUUUUUCUUCAUAGCCAACGCUGUCAUGAACUCAAACAUCUGCCUGCCUCUGUCUCCUGAGUGCUAGGAUUAAAGGCAUGAGCCAUAUGCCUUGCUCUGGUUCUCUUGACUUUUUUUUUUUUUUUUUUGGUUCUUUUUUUCGGAGCUGGGGACCGAACCCAGGGCCUUGCGCUUCCUAGGCAAGCGCUCUACUCCUGAGCUAAAUCCCCAGCCCCUCUCUUGACUUUUUUAAAAACUAAAGCAUGGGUCUAAUAAACAAUGAGAUUUAAAUCAUUACACCACUGUUUCUAAGAGAAAGGGAGGGGGAGUGAGAAAUCAAGGUGGGAUUUAACAUUAGCGUAUGGAAUAACCAUUUCUGAGAAAUGUAAAACAAAACAUGUAUUUUCUUAAGAACAGGGUCUUACUCUAUAGUCUUGGCUGGCUUGGAAUUCUCAUGUAGACCAGGCUGGUUUAUGAUUCAUAGAGAUCUCUGUCUGACUCUGCUUCUGGAGUGCUGGGAUUAAAGGUGUACCAAUGGUUCAAAACAUUUUUUUUAUCAAACCAAAUGAUUACCCCAAAAUACUGUCUAGAGAAAGUGUUCAGGUCAUCAGACAAGGAAAGGGAAUCCAGGCAAGGCUUAGAGGUCUGCCUAUAAACAAUGGGGCUGCAAGCCCAGGGGAAUUACUUAAGUCCAUUUGGCAUUGCUAUGACAAAAUAUGUGAGAAUGGGUACCUUAUUUGGCUCAAAACUCUGGUAGUUAGAGAACCUGGACAGCAUGACGCUGGCAUCUAAUGAGAAAGGGAGCAAGAGAGAGGGGAGAGGUGAGGUUCUUAGCUCCUGUGAGGGUCAAAUGCAUUCCACACCAGCAAUAGUAAAAUGCAGAUGUCAUGAAUUAUAACAAUAAUAUAGUUGUUAUUUUUAAGACUUAUUUUUAUCCUCUGUACACUACAUGCAUUCUGUAGCCCACAGAGGCUAGAAGACAGCUUCAGAUCCUCUGAAACUGGAGUUACAGAUGGUUGUGACCCUCCAUGUGGAUGCUGGGAAUCAAAUCUGAUCCUCUACAAAGGCAACACUAGCUGUUAACCACUGAGCUAUCUCUCCAGCUCCCUAAAGGUGAUCUAUUUCAACUCUGCCAUGCAAAUUAUUCUAUUAAAGGUAUUUGAUCUCAGCAACCCAGAUACCAAAUAAAAGAAAGACAGCUGGGCAUAGUGGUUGGUGCCCAGCUACACUCAAGCUACAUGGGAAGCUGAGGGAGGAAAACUCAAGUUCAAGACCUGACUGAGCUAUAUAGUGAUACUUCUCAAACAAAGGAAAAGGGAGAAGCCCAGGCUGCAGCUCAACAAUAGAGUGCUUGUCCAGCUUGUGUGAGGCCAAAGAGACAGAAACUAGAUAAAGAGGGAACUGGAGAGAAUCGUCACUGGUUAAGGGCAAUGGCUGAUCUUGGGUUCGAUUCCCAGCAACCACUUGGUGCCUCACAACUAUCUGUCACUCCAGUUCCAAGGGAUCUGACACCCUCUUCUGGCCUCCAUAAGCACUGCACAUACGUGAUGAUGCACAACAUGCACUAUUACAAAAUAAACAAUUAGAAUGAAAUUGGAAUUGAAAAGUUACUGUACAGUGUGAAAGAAUCCUACUUUAACUGAGAGCCUUGGGUUCUGGAACAGAAUCUCAUUUCAGCACGAAAACAAAGAAAAGAAAAGACGAGCUGGAGAGAUGCUCAGUGGAUAAAGUGCUUGCUGCAUUAGGAUCUGAAUUCUGUUUUCUGUGGGGUGUUUGUUUGUUAGUCUGUUUGUUCAUUUUCAGGACAGUUUCUCUGUAGCCCUGGCUGUCCUGGAACUUGCUGUGUAGACCAGGCUGGUCUUGAACUCAAGAGAUCUACCUGCCUUUGUCUCUGCCUCCCAAGUGCUGCGAUUAAAGGCUUGCGCCACCACCAGCACGACCCAGCUGACUCUGAAUUGUGAUUCCCAUCACUCACAUAAAAAAAUGGGUGCAGUUGUAUGUCUGCAGCCUCACUGCCGAGGCAGACACAGUAGUCCCCAGGGACUUCCUGGUCAGGUAUUCUAACUGAAAGGACAAACUUCAGGUUCAGUGAGAGAUGACGAUGAUGGUGAUGGUGGUGAUGAUGGUGAUGAUAAAAAUAAGGUGGAGAAUAAUAGAGGAACAGAUUUGCUGGCCUACACACACACACACACACACACACACACACACGCAUAUAUGCACUCAUGCACAUGUACACACAGGAAAAUAUGCACCAUAUUAAUUCAAACUAGAACUAGAUUGGUGAUAUCAGCAUCAGACAAGUAGAUUUUAGAGUGAAAAAUACUAUGUGGAAAAAUACUAUGGGGUCAUUUCCGGGCCAGCGAGAUGCUCCGGGGUGAAGGUUCUUGCUGUGAAAGGUUGGAGACCUGAGUUUGGUUCUUAGAGCCCAUGUAAAAAGACAUAGUGGUAGUGGGUAUCUUUAAUCUCAGCACUUCUGUGGCAAGAUGAGAGGUAAAGACAGAAGAAUCAGGUAGGAGCUUGCAUAUCAGCUAGCCUUGAGUAGGACACAGCACAGCAGAAGGCAAAAGAGACCCUGCGUGUGUGGAAAGAGAAAACUGACCCCACAGGGUAGUCGUCCAUCCUCCAACAUACGUGUGCUCACACUCACACACCACAUACACAUUAAUACAUAAUACAAAUAGAGAGGCUCAUUUCAUACUAACGAAAUCAGUUGGCCACGAGACACAUCAGUGACCCAUCACAAUUUAAAAUCAUAACUAAAAUCCACUUAAUACACUUAGGUAACUGAAUAUCAUAGCCUAGCCUAGCUUAAAUGUGUUCAGACAUAAUAGCUUCUAUCUUGGAAAAACUAUCUAAACACAAAAGCCAAUUUUAUCCAACAGUUCGUGGGCUAUACUGAAUGCUAUUCUGAAAGUGGGGGGUAAGGGGAAGCCAGGCAGGGUAGGAGCAUGCCUUUACUCCCAGAGGUGGCAGGCAGAUCUCUUGAGUUUGAAGCCAGCCUGGUUUACAAAGCAAGUUUCAGGAUAGCCAUGGCUACACAGAGAAACAUUGUCUUGAAAACUAAAACAAAAAAGGAGGGGGAACCCACAAAGUUAAUUUGAAUGUACUUCCCCACCAUUGUGGAGCCAAGAAUCCACGCUAAACCAUCAUAACCCAGAGACUGUCCAUUCUCUCAAUAAUUGAUGGGAUGGCUAGACAGGAAGUCAGUAAGUCUUUACAAGUUUUUAACAGUGUUAUCAAUCAAUUUGAUCUCAUGAUGUUCAUGAAAACACUUUGUCUAACCAUGUAAGGAUACAGUUCCUUUCAUACACACAUGAUACAUUCAGCAGGAUAGAGCAUAUCCAACCAUUAGAUAUUUCUUUUUUUCUUUUUUCGGAGCUGGGGACCAAACCCAGGGCCUUGCGAUUGCUAGGCAAGCGCUCUACCACUGAGCUAAAUCCCCAACCCCCAUUAGGUAUUUCUAUAUCAGAACAGUGCAUAUUCUAGCCAUUGGAUAUCUUAGUAUCAGAACAGACUACAUUCCCAGACAUUAGAUAUCUCUCAAUGUAAACUUAUUUUAUAAACAUACAAAUUUAUGUUUAAAAUGUUAAUUUCAUCUACUUGUGUGGAGGUCAGGGGACAGCUUGGUAGGAGCUGUUCCUCAUCCCCCCGUGUGUGUUCCAGGGCUCGAACUUGGGUAGUGAGGACUGGCAAAUGCUUUCACUCGGUGAGUCAUCUUGCUCUGAAGUACAUAGUGUGUGUUGACGUUCACCUGUGACACUUGCUGUAGUCAUAUGUAGUACUCAGAGGGACAACCGGCAGGAGUCUGUCCUUUCCUACCAGGUGGGCUCAAGAUAAGGAACUAAGGCUCUCAGGCUUGGUGACAAACACUUUACCCACUGGGCUUCUGAAGAAUAUUUUGACAUUAAUUACUAAAACAAGACUAGUGACAAGAAAUCUCUGAGAGGUUCUGUAGUAGUCGGAAAAUGAGGUAAAGCAUGAAGUUAAAAGAGAAGUCAGAAACAAUUUAAUUAAAUGAAAUGCAAAUUAUCAGAAUGUGUGGGCUGAAGCUAACCCUUAUUGCCCAGAGGGAAGGACGGUCUCAGCACAACAGCCAUGCCUGCAAAGCUCUCACAGACGAGAAGAGCAGGAUGACAAACAGGAAAUGAAGCACUGAAGGGCCAAGUGGAAAUUAACAGGAAACAAGAAUAAGGAAAAACCAUGGAGACUAAAAGGUUUAGGACAUUGAUCAUGUUAAUAAAGGUGUAACCAGGUAAGCCAGAAUAAAGAGAGGCAUUUGUGCAUGGUGCACAGCUGUAACCCUAGUACUCAGAGGGGUGAGGCAGGAGCAUGAAGAGUCCGAAGCAGCCUAAGGUACACGGUGAAUUCAAGACCAGACAGGGCUGCAUAGCAAGAAUGCUUGUCUUAGGCUUUUUUCCUUUUUUUUUUUUCCUUUUUUUUUAACUAUAAGAUGCCACUAUCACAGGUAGUGUCUGUGAGUUCGAGGCUAGCCUGGUCUACAGAGUGAGUUCCAAGAUACACAGGAUCUUGAAAAUCUAAAACCAAUUAUAUAUAAAAUAACCUCAGAAUAUAUAUUGGUACAGACGCACGUGUGUGUGUGUGUGUGUGUGUGUGUGUGUGUGUGUGUGUGUAUCAGAGAUUAAAAAUGUGACAUCUGAUAUUUUUUAAAUUACUCAUCAGAAGGCCACAUUUGGCAGUACAUUUGACAAAUGAUGAAAGGGGUAAUUUACUAAAGUAAAUACCCUUGUGACACAUAACCCUGUAUCUAUGGAAGAAACUGGAUUUCUAGUUUAAAAAUAAGUACAGGCCACUGCUAAAGUUCUUUACAGAACUCUUAAAAUUCAGUGAGUGAGCACACACUCAGCAAAAAUGCUUAUACAGAACCCAGAACCCACAAAUAAAUGCACUCAUUAGUCAUGGUAUAAAAAUUCAAAUAAAAACCGUAGGUAUUGGGAACAGAAAGACCAAUGGGCAUGGUGGCGUGGGCCUGUAGCCCCGGCUCUGGCAGCUGAGGUAGAAGAUCAUUUAGCCCAGGCCCAACCUGGGCAACAUGAGGAAACUCCAUCUCCAAGACGGAGUGGGGUGGAUAAGAGUCCUUUGGAAGUCACCUUGACAGGCUUUGGGGGGGGUGUUACACACACACACACACACACACACACACACACCCCUAUCUGGCCUAGCUACCCCACUGUAUCACACAGACUAGUGCAUUUGUGUUCAGUCUCCCUUGUGUAUUUGUUGGGACUCCAAUCUUAUAUCAAGAGCUUUGUGGGUAAGCAGGUUGAUCAUCUAUCCGAUGAUACUGUUCAGCAACAGAGGGAAUGAACUAUUGAUUCACAUGUGACCUCUUGGAGCUGGGGUUACAGGUGGUUGUGAGACUCUGGAAACCAAACUCCUGCCCUCUCCAAGAGCUGCAAAUACUCUUAGCUGCUGUGCUGUCUUUCCAGCCCCUCAACUGUCUCUGUCCACUCACCUCCUAAUUUUAAUGUUUUCUGAAAGACCAGGACCUUCAGGACAGCGUGUGCACUUGUUCUCCCCUUUGUACCUCUUUCUACCUGAUUGGAGGGGUGCGGGUGCUCAGGCAGAACAACCCACAAGGCAGAGCCUGUCAAGGCUCCCUCCACAACUUCUGUCAUACCUGUGUGCAGCCCUCACUGUAAAACCUCACUGGUCUUCUCCCAGUUGGAGAGCUAAUGGCCUCACCUCAAGCAAGCAAAGCUUAUAAACACUGUAUUAGUUUCCUAGAGAUGCCGUAAGGUAUUACCAGGAACUUAGUGACUUAAAAACAUCAUUCUGUCAUAGUUCUGGAGUCUAGAAGUUCAAAAUCAAGGGGUGAGCAAGCUUGUGUUUCCUUUCGAUGCACUGGGAGAAAAUCCAUUCCAUCUCUCUGCUUUCCUAGUUUGUGGCUUACAUAACUCCAGUUUCUAACCCCAUCUUCGCCUAGCCUUUCCCUACCCAACUGUUUCCUAGAUUUAGGAGGGCCCACCCUGCAUCGUACUUGCAGGCUGGUCCUAUCUCUGAAUCCUUAAUUAUAUCUGCAAAGACCCCUUCCCAAUUAAUCUCACAUUCACAGGCUCUUGGUGUUAGGGUGUGGACAAACUGGAAGGGGUCCAGUCCAAUUCACUCCAGCUAGGAACAUCUUGAGGGCACAGCAUGAGCCAUCAUUAGAACCCAGGAAGACCCCUCAGCUUCUAGGUGUUUCUGCUUCUGAAGAUCCUUUGGUGGACCUCUCUGACAUCCCAGUGGUGUCUGAAAGAAUCGAUCUGACCUCGGUACCCUUUGGCUCUGGUGGUGGCUCAUAGCCUCAGGGCCACUCAUAGCCCACUUAACAUGGCAGAUGGCUAGUGAACUUCAGGGAGGAUGCUGAAAGAAAGGAGUAUUUACAGAAUUCCUAAUCUGUAUUUCCAUUUCAGUCUCAACAGAAAUGUGCCUAAUUAGGUCAUUAUCUUCCAUCUUAUAAAUAAGGUUAACUGUGAGACUUAAACCUGGCUGGUUAAAGUUACAGGGCUAGUAACCGGCAGGGCUUCAAAGCCUGAUACAUUUUGCCUUUGUAGGACUGAGUGGCAAGAGUGCAUAGAUCACUGUCAUUAUUCCAUUGAUUAGCUGCCACUUUGUUAACUCAUUGGUGGCACAAUAGUGCCACCCAGUGGCUCCAGCUACAAACUACAUGAUCAAGGCAAUAGGUCAAAUUCUUUUUUUUUUCCUUUUACUUUGUUUCCAUGGUAACUAGCCAACUCACCCGAUAUAGAACUAACCCAUCUAUAGUUUAAGGAGAAAUGGGCAGUUCUCUAAGGAAAGGCUUGGUUUCCUAGGAUGCAGAUGAGAAUUGAAUGCUCCACAGUGUUAAAUCCAAGGAGUUGUAUCCUGAGGACUGGGCUGUCUCUCUGGGGGCCAGAGAGAUACCAACAGGUAUGCAAAAUUCACAGUGCUAUCCAUCUCAAGUGGGUCACCCCUCUAAGACCAGUUUCUAAAAGGAAAAAGACAUGUCUGUUACACAAGAUUUUUUCCUAGGCCAGAGUGAACUGAAACUGCAGUUUUUUGAGGGUGAUUUUUGCCCCUGUGUGUUCCUCAGAAUGUAAUUACUUAGAAGUUGGAACUUCAAUUAAUAAGCAGUAUAGCUCAGGUCUGGUGGUGCACACUUAGAGGUGUGUGCCUCUGAGAUUUUGGGUAUCUUGGGGGAGACUGUGGGAUCCCCUCAGAAAUGACAAUAACUGUAACUGCAAAGCUUCUGUAACAAAAAUUUGUAAUGAGGAUGCCAGAUAGCUCUCACGAUUAAUCCCAGCACUUGGGAGACAGGCCAACCUGACCUGUACAGUGAGUUCCAGGACAGCCAGAGCUGUAUCGUCAAACUGUCUUAAAGGGGAAAAGAAAAGCAGUGUAUCAUAGAAUGCACUGCACUGUGGUGUAGUUCUUACGUAAGACUUCCCUUUGAAAGUGUCAACUCCAUGCUUUUAAGGACAGUCACUGUGCUGGAUGCUCCUCCCACCAGACUCCAGAGGUCUCCAUUACACUGAAAACAAGCACUGUGCCUACUUAACUGCACAUAACCCAGCUUCCCUUCCCCCAAAGCCCCCUUCUAUUGUCUUACUUUCCCCUUCCCCCUGGUGUUCUUUAGACAUUACAGGGGGAGGGGGGGGUUACUGCUUGAGACAGGGUCUCACUGUGUAUCUGAAAAUGGCCUUUAUUCCCCUAUGUGGCUGAGGAUGAUCCUGAACUCCUGCUCAUUCUGCCUCCCUCUCCCGAGUGAUGGGAUUACGUGUGCUACUAUGCUGUUUAUGUAGUGCUGGAGUGUGCACCUGCAGCUCUCAUGCACUUUUUGAGCAAUGCAAGCACUGCUUUCAUUUUUUUUGAAGAUGUAUUCUAACUAUGUAUAAAGAGGACAGAUUGUCAGACAUUAAAGGUCAGCUCUGGGAUACAUGAGACCCUGUCCCAAGGAUUUUUACUUUAAAAUAAGACAUGGCCAGACAUUGUGGUGUGUGCCUUUAAUCCUAGCACUCAGGAGGCAAGGUGAGGAAUAUCUCUGCAAGUUCAAGCCCAGCCUGGUCUACAUUACAUAUUGAGUUCCAGACAGCCAGGACUAACUAAAAAGGGACUGGAGAAAUGGCUGUGUGUAAGAGGGGCCAUGCUGCUAUUGGUUUGGUUCCCAGUAAUCACACCAAGAAGCUUGUAAAAGUGUAACUCCAAUUACAGGGGAUCUGACCACCUCUCUUGUAGACAUGUAAUUCACACAGUUACUCAGAUAUACAUAAUAAAUCUUGAGUAGAAAGAUGGAAAUAAACACAUAAAAUGAUGAAUAGUGCCAUGCUUCAGAGCCCGAGGUUCGGGGGAGAACAGAGAGAUAUGCUGGGACAGAAGGGGGGUGCUUUGAAAGUUGGGGGCCAAGUAGAGACUGAUGAGUUAGGAGAAUGAGGGAGUUCCAGGUGAAGAACGUCCCUAUAAACCAAACCACAUGUCUCACUAAGACACAGACUUCUGAAAAUUCACUUGGACUUUCUAAUUGUUAAAGCACCUGACUCCAGAGAAAAAGAUUUCAGCCCAGAACACCAAAGACCAGCACAAGAAUAUUGGUCUAGAGUUCCCUGCAGGUAAGUCUCUAGCUUUUGGGGUAAGUCCUGGACUGAAACCAGAGAAAUAAAAUUCAUGGUCUGGAGUGAUCCAACUAUCCCAUUCCACUUCAGCCAUGGGGACUGAGGGUCUUGGAGGAGCAGUAGCAGCCCUACUGUAAAGCUGCAUGACAGGAGAAAGAUGUGCGUUGUACUUAAUAUGAGCACAUUAGCUUUUCCAGAGACAGGUGACUCACUGAUAUCCCCAGGGCCCUGCCAGGAGGAACCAGCCAAGGCAAGACUGUAAAUUUGCCCCUGAGGGGUUGGGGGUGUAGCUCAGUGAGAGUCUUGACUAUCAAUACCCUGAGUUUGAUCCUUCUUCCUGUUUGUUCUUCCGCAAGUUAUUACAGAUAAGCUAAUGGUGGUUCCCAACCUUCCUGAUGCUGCCACCCUUUAAAUACAGUGCCUCAUGUUGUGGUGGUCCCCAACCAUAAAAUUAUCUUCAUUGCUACUUAACUGUAAUUUUGCCACUGUUAUGAACCAUAAUGUAAGCAUCUGAUACGCAACCCACAGUUGAAAACCACUGAGCUACAACAUGUUCAUGAGUGUCUGAUCCCAGCACUUGGCUGGAAGAAGCAAGAUGAUCAGUUUAAGUCUCCCCUGAGUUUCAUGAGAGUCUGUCUAAACAACAACAAAAAGCUGCCUCUGUAGCAACUGCCUAGAACAAUUCCAGACAGAGACUUAGUUGCUUAUUGCCCGAAGGAAAGCUUGGUUUCAGAGAGUAACUUGGCAUAUAUAUCACCCAGUCUGUGUGGAAAGUUAGAUGCCCUCUAUCGUGGGCGCGCUAAGGAAGGUCAGGCACUGAAAUGUUUUCAUCUGGAAGGAUGGAGGGGGAGGGUUAAAUUAGAACUAUGCCCCUGCCCCAACAGUCUCCGUAGCAUUGGCAAUCUUCCGGAGCAAUAUGAAAUGGGCUUGUUUUCUCCUAGAAUCUAGCGGGCAAGCAGAAAACAAGAGGCUCAAGAGGAGCAGCCCCAACCAGGGCAGGGAAGAAUCGCGAACUCUGGGCCCAGCCAGGGACCUGAGCCCGCCAGAAUCCGUCACGCGCGACUGCGAUCCUACCGAGGCCUCCCUCACUGCUAGAGGAUCACAGACCCAAGUGGCCAACGACGGAGUUCAGGCGGCAGACGCAGCGAGCCCUCUGGGCGGCCUGGAGGUACCGCAGGGAGCACAGGGCGGGUGCGGGCCUAAGCUACCGCCGCCGGGCCCUCACCACCGCCUCCGCUGCUCCCGCAGGACUUGUGGCUACAGGAGGUCUCCAACCUGUCCGAGUGGCUGAGUCCGGGACACAGGUCCUAAGCGCCCGCUCCUGAGACUCACAGCAAGGCAAGGAAGCCCGGGACGCGUGUGUUAUAUAUUUCAAUAAAGCUGCUCCAAGCACACAGUGUCAACUACAGUGCAAGGGGAGGAGCGUCCGGAGGACCGGACAACUCGCGCCGCCGCCUGACGUCACCCGCGCCGUCGCGUCACUGCUGCGCGCCACGGGUCUGGGCGUGAUGGCGGCGCUGGGCGGGGACGGGCUGCGUUUACUGUCGGUAUCGCGGCCAGAGCGGCAGCCCGAGUCAGCCGCGUUGAGCAGCCCGGGCCCAGGGCUGUGCUGCUGGGUGUCUGUGUUCUCCUGCUUCAGCCUCGCCUGCUCCUACGUGGGCAGCCUCUACGUGUGGAAGAGCGAGCUGCCCAGGGACCACCCCGCUGUUAUCAAGCGGCGUUUCACCAGUGUCCUGGUAGUAUCGAGCUUGUCCCCACUUUGCGUGCUGCUCUGGAGGGAACUCACUGGCAUCCAGCCAGGCACAUCACUGCUUACCUUGAUGGGCUUCAGGCUGGAGGGCAUUUUUCCAGCAGCUCUGCUGCCCCUGCUGCUAACUAUGAUCCUUUUCCUGGGUCCACUGAUGCAGCUCUGUAUGGAUUGCCCGUGUGACCUGACAGAUGGGCUGAAGGUUGUCCUGGGUGAGUCUUCAAGACUGAGCAAAAGCCCCUCGUUCUUGGGCCCGCCGCCUCACAGACAUGCGCUGGCUACGAAACCAAGUUAUAGCACCCUUGACAGAGGAGCUGGUGUUCCGGGCUUGUAUGCUGCCCAUGCUAGCACCAUGCACAGGUCUGGGCCCUGCUGUGUUCACCUGCCCACUGUUUUUUGGAGUCGCCCAUUUUCACCACAUUAUUGAGCAGCUGCGCUUCCGCCAAAGCAGUGUGGGAAGUAUCUUCUUGUCUGCAGGUGAGGCCUGGAGAGCUGCCCAGGGACAGCCAAGGGUCGGGGUGUUAGGAUACCCCUCACAGACACUCCUCAGAAAGGGUUGGAGACAGAACUAUAAGUAUUGGAUGGGGCCCACUGAUUAUGGAAGGUGGGGUACAGAGAGCAGCCACAGAUAACGGGCAGGCAGCCACUGCCAAGGGGAAAGGGUGGUCUCUGACUGUGGGGUGUGCAGUACUGGGGUAGGGUGGGCAUGCAGGUGUGGUCACUCGCAGCCUCCGUCUCCAGCGUUCCAGUUCUCCUACACCGCUGUCUUCGGUGCUUAUACGGCUUUCCUCUUCAUCCGCACAGGUUGGUCCUCGGCCUUUCAUGGGUCUCCAGGGGCCCACAGAUGUGGGUGGGAGAAGGGGGAUACUGUGGACACAACUGUUUCUUCUACUACAGUUCUAGAGACAGGCUAAGCUUUUUAAGAUCCGAGAGGUAGAAGCAGAGGUUAUAACAUGGGGGCAGACCAGUGUGUGGGGUAGGGGGUCAUUGAGUUCCUGUUCAGGAGACAAGGGUCACUAACUUUAGAAGGGCUAAUGGUGGUGGGGCUGCUUCACAUGUUGCACCAUCUCCCCUCUCCAGGACACCUGAUAGGGCCGGUUCUCUGCCACUCCUUCUGCAACUACAUGGGCUUCCCUGCUGUGUGUGCAGCCCUGGAGCAUCCACAGAAGUGGCCACUGCUGGCGGGCUAUGCCCUUGGUGUGGGACUCUUCCUGCUUCUGCUUCAACCCCUGACAGACCCCAAGCUCUAUGGCAGCCUUCCUCUUUGUAUGCUUUUGGAACGAACGGGGGCCUCAGAGACCCUACUGUGCUCCUGACCAUCACUCUUGUGUGAACUCUGAUGGGCUCUCCAGCCCCUUCUUAUCAAUACUGCGAGAGAGGGGCUGGCUGGGGUCCCCGAGAUCUCAGGAAUUUUUGUAGGGGAUUGAAGCCAGAGCUAGUUGAAUCCCAGGGACCAAGAGAAAGGAGCAGAUAUCCAAAGGGUGCAGCCCCUCGUGAUGGGGCGGAUGAGCAGCAACUGGAAGUGAGGGGACAAGGGCAAAUCCUAGGAGCUGUGCACUCCCUCUUUGGAUUGAUGCUUCUCUAGCUCCUUUGCGUCUCCCCUUCUCCCUUGAAAAGCUGCUGGGGUGGGUUUAUUUAUCAAACCCCUCCUCCCAACUUCCCAGGGUUUUCUCAUUGUCUUUUUGCAUCAAGACUUUGUAUUGGGAUAUUAAAGAGAUUUAACUUGGGUA